AUGUGCAGGCUUUGUAUAGAGAAGGAUGAAACAUCCACAGGAUCGGGGCGUGAGUUCCUAUACUUAAGAACGGACUGUAAGAACAAAAGAAAUAUAACAACGUCACUGCUAGUAAUAAUAGGACUAUUCCAUGAACAUCAAAGACCUGACAGGGACCAGUACAUACAAGUACACAUGGAUAACGUACAGGACGAUGUGAGGAAAUCUUUCAAGAGGUUAACCUCCAACAAUACAAAUCAGUUUGGGUUUCCGUACGAUUUCCACUCCAUUACCCACUACGGACAGUACGCUUACGCUAAAAAUACGUCAUUGCCUACCAUUACAACCAACGUGACUGAAGUCGGAUUUGGCGAAAACACCGUCCUCAGCUACUAUGACGUGCGUAAAGUACAGAUGUUGUACUCAUGUGCGAAAGUUUCAGGCUACGCAAUGUUUCGAGGCCAGCUCAAUCUUUUUAAACAAGAAGCGUUUGAUAAGUUCUACCCGCAAUGGCACAACAGCUCUGAGGAUCUCCCGGUUUACAUGAAAAGGGACUGUUAUAAAAACAGCACUGAUAUUUACACCUUGACUGUCCUGCACGGCGCCAAAUGGACGAGUAAGCUCCCCUUACCGCCGGGUAACUUCAGUAUUUCUGUGGAUGUAUGUAUCGCCACUUUCUCUAAUGCGAUAAAAUCCUUCAUUGAGAUGAAGAUGGGAACAGACACCUCGAGAUUCGACCACUUAAAACCAAGCCAGCGUGGGCAAUGGGAAAACCUCAAUGUGACGUACACUUCACUUGCCGAAUGGAACUUGGUUCUGAAAGCUCACAUCCUGUGGGGAGAAGAUGUACUGGCUGUGGACAAUCUCGUCGUCACCCCCAAUGUCUAA